AUGGAGAGAGAUCCUUUGACGUACACUGCAAUCCCACCACCUUUACCGUUAGGUCGAUCGCUUCUGAAAAUCUUAUAUCCAGGGAGAGAUAUUUCACCAUUUGUAAAUCACAAGGUCAAGUUACGAUGGUUGAGAACAAUCUCAGUAAUACUAUUUCUCAACAAACAAGAUUUGCUUAAAGAAAAGGUGCGGGCUGGCAAGUCCAAGAUUGAGGACUAUUUCCCGGACUUUGCGCGUUACAGAACUCCUCCUGAUGCCACGGCAGAGCCUGGGGAUGAGGAAUCGGUGACAAGAGCUAAAUAUUUUAUUCGUGAUGAAUUCCUUCGGAUCAGCACAGCCAGCGGAAAUGGUAAGCAUUACUAUUAUCCACACUUUACAUGCGCAGUAGACACGGAGAAUAUUCGACGGGUGUUCAACGACUGCCGCGACAUAAUCCAGUGGAUGCAUCUCCGCCAGUAUGAGCUUCUGUGAUGGGUUCCCUCUUCUCCUUCCCCAACUUUUCAUCCAGCUUUCUGAACAGCCCUGACCAAGGCUGCUUGCCAUGUGCUGUGCUAUUAUACCACACAAACAUUCAGCUGUUUUAUUCCGAUAUGGGACGGGGAAUGCAGCGGGGCGUCGGCUUCAAUGUCUACUCCAAAUAUACCAGCGAUUAAAUUAUAUCAGAAACCAGCCUUUUAAAGUAGUGUACAAAAAAAAUU